UAAAAAUUGUCAUCAGAUAAAUUAAAUGGCGGUCGUUUAGAUAAUCUCAUUCUUACGAAACGCGUCUUUUGCAUGUCUGGCUAUGUUAUUAUUUACAUAGUUACAAGAAACGAUGAGACACCCUUUGCAUCAACAACAUCAGAUUGAAGCUAUAGAUCCAAAGACUAUUUAUAUUGAAUAUAACGGUGAAUGGCAGUGUGACAAUUGCAGUACCCAAUACGGCAGUCAAGAAAUACCAUACCACUGUAAAGAUUGUGGAUAUGAUUUAUGUAAUACAUGUGUACAGCCAAAACGUCAUCUAAGACAUAAUCAUGAUCUAUAUCUUGCUAAAAUGACAAUAGUUUAUCCCCAAUUUCAAGGCCAUUUUAAAUGUGACGCAUGUGAACAAAACAAAGGUGAAACAAUAGGAGACGCAUUAGCAUACCAUUGUUUUGAUGAUCAAUUUGACUUAUGUAAAGAAUGUUUCCAAGGAAAAAAAUUCGUUAUUCAUGUUCAUGAUUUGAUGCCAGUUAAUGCUGCUUUAGUUUAUGAAAAUUCACCUGGUUUAUGGGUAUGUGAUACUUGUAAGAAAACUGGUGCUCAAAUGAAUACAGACUACAGCUGGCAUUGCUCUCAGUGUGAAUUUGAUUGUUGCAAAAACUGUCUUAAAAGUGUUAAUGUUAGUGACCAUGAGCAUCCUCUUAAACGAUCAGACCCUUACGUAGUAUAUUCAAAUUAUAAUGGUCACUGGAAAUGUGAUAAAUGCAGUAAUGAUUAUCCACCAGGGGAAAGAAGUGAAAAUAAGCCUUAUCAUUGCUUUGCUUGUGGGUAUGAUAUGUGUGAAUACUGCUACAAUGCAAUAGAAGCUGACCAUGGUUAUGAUGUAACUGGCCCUCCUGCAUCAGCAUUUCGAGAUCAUGAUUUUGGUCACUCAAAGAUCAAAUCGCAUGAACCUCCAAUGGAGAUAACUGAUGAUGAUGUUCCAGAUGAUAAUUUGGAUGACUCACAAAAAUGUAUUGUAUGUUAUGGAAGGCCAAAGAAUGCAACUAUUGUGCAUGGUUCUACUGGUCAUGUGUGUUGUUGUCUCUCAUGUGCUUAUAAAUUGGAAAGACGAGGUGACAGUUGUCCUAUAUGUCGAGCACCAAUUGACAGAGUUAUCAAACAUUAUACAUCCUAAUUUUAUUUAAACUCGUUGUUUAUUUUUUGUGUAAAUGACUCAAGGUUUUCUAAUAAAGUUGUUAUCUAAAAAAUAUUGCUCAAUUAUUUUUUCAUAAUUAAGUGAUUAAGCAAUACUAUUUUAUUUUUUAAAUACAGAUUAAAUACAGAAUAUUAGUCACAAAUUCCUUUUUUUUUUUUUCUAUAAUUAAAUGUUUACAAGUUUUAGUAUGAUAAGUUCGCAGUUUUAGUAAUUACUUUUUUGAAUUUUUAAGAAGGUUGUUUUGUUUUUUUUUGGCUUUUGGUUUUUCUUUUUUUUUUUUCCUUUUUUUUUUUUUUUAUUAAAAAUAUACUUAUCUUUAUAUGGUUUUUCUUUUGUACUUGCCCUUGGUUGCAUGGACAAAAUUGUUUUGUUAGUAUUAUUACCUCUUAAAUAUUUAUUAAUGCUACAAAUAUAUUUUAAAAAUUGAACAGAUUUAAUGUGCAAUAUUCUUGGAAGAUGAAAAUGAAUGGGAAACGUUUUAUUUUAAAAUGAAACACAUGCGGGUGAAGUAUUUAAAUGUAAAUUGGAAAUGUAGAGAUAAUGUAUAUUUCUUAUUUUAUAUUCUUAACUUAAGCAUUUGUAUAUAAGUUUUUGAAUUUUUUUUUUUUUUAAUUUAAAACCAUAAACCUCAAGUUUAAUCAGAUUUUAAACAAUUUGUAUUAUUUAAUUAUGUAUAAACGAUUGGUCAGCAGUUUGUACAAACCUUGGGUUAACAAUGUGUACAAAAUUUUGACCAGCAGUUCUUAACUUACAUUUUUUAUGUAGAAUUAAUAUUAAAUUACUCCAAUAUCUAAAAUUAUUCUUUUAAUUUUUUGAUUCUAAAAUACAACAAUUUAUUGAUAUGUAGUUUUGUAAAUUACACAAAUUCUUUUGAUUGGUUUGUAAAUAUUUUUAUUUUGUUCUUGUUAUUUUAUAAAUUUAGAAGUACUUUCUUUUAUAUGAUUGUGACAUUUAUAAGAAUAUAUGUGUAUUUCAUUUUUUAUAUCAACUUAAAUUAAAAUAGUUGUGUGAUAAUUAUGUCUUACUGUAGUUAUGAUAAUUAUGUACUACUGUGAUUUGUGGAAUAAAGUUCACUUAUAAAUAUAAUAAAU